CAUCGGCGGUUGUUUAUAAUAAACAAUUACAAGCAACCAACAUGCUGUCGUAACGAUUCGCUUGCAAUCAGCGAAGAAAAAAUAAAGCACCAUCUAGUCAUAGGCAUUUCACAUUGGCGACUGAAAUCGAUACCACCCAUCGUGCAGCAAUCAACCAGCCAAAAAUGAGGGUUGGUGAAGAUGAUUUGCCCAGUCUGGAGUACAUCGAAGAUCCUUACAUUCCCAAAUUGGACAACUGCAUAACGCCGUCUUUCGACGUCAUCUCCGAAUACAAUGCCGACGAGUUAGGCGACGAGCAGAACUGGCCAGAAGAAACCGAACUCUACCUGAGGUCCCUCACCCUAGAUCAGAUCCUCGGUGUCUCGUCCGACGAAGAUGUCGAUCCAGAUCUGGAGAUGCAAACGGUGGAAACCGAAUUUAGUCCUCCGUUUCCAUCGGAAUCGACCGAAGGCGCCACGAUGAAUGGGACGACCUCCAAGGCGCCAAACGACAGCAGGACUGGCGUGGGAGUGAUGAGAAGCCUGCUGGCGAAUAAGUUGCUCAAAAAUCGUACAAAUAAGUUCAACCUGUUUAGUAAAAAGCGGAUGCGAGACGUGCGAGUUACGUUCAUUGAUUUUUCAAAGCCAUACCUGGCGCGGAUAUCCAGCGGUGAUAACUACAAAAGCUUCCUGAACAUUGGGAGUGCCGUAGACAAUUCUGGAAAAUUGUCCGACGCAUCUCCCGUCGGUUCGGUGAGCUCGGCCGAAAUUGCUCAGGAAUUUUCCGGCCUGACCCUCGAAGAACAAGAGGCACAGCGUGCUGAAUGGAGCCAGGAACUGGCCCGAGUGGAGGAAGAAAUCACCACUCUGCGGACCGUGCUGCAGUCCAAGAUUCGACAUUCCAGCGAACUGAAGCGCAAGCUGGGCAUCACCGUGUGGAAGGAAAUCACCGACGAUGUUAGCCAGGGCCUGAAGAAUGUCAAGGAAAGCAACGUUUAUCAAACGGUCGAGACCAAAGUUGGGGAAAUCACUACAGCAGUCACCAGUGCCCCAAUUUAUCAAAAAACUGAAACGGCCCUCAAAACAACGGCCGGAAAAACUACAUCCGUCCUAGGUGGAAUCACCAGCAAGAUGACGCAGAAGAUAUCCGAGAUGAAACAGUCGGAUUCUUUCCGAUCCUUUGAAGAAAGGGUUGGAUCGGCCUACGAGAACGUUAAGUCGAAAGUAUCCUCACGGUCAAGCUCGGUGCAAAGCUUGUCGGACUUGCAGAACGACGAACGCCGCAAUUCCGUAACGACUCCGACGGCAAUUCCGGAAGAGAAAGCUGACUCUUAAUAAUCUUUGUGUGUCGGGAACAAACACAGCUGUAGUAACACAGCGGUAAGUACAGGUCGGAAAUCACUAGAGCAUUUUUUCACGUUUUUUGGCAACUUUUUGUGGGGUAUCACUGUGGAGAAAACAUAGAAAUGUUGUUGCAAUUUAUAUGCUGUUCAUCGGACGCUCUACAAUAGCAUUAAGAAGAAAAAAAUAUACGACAUAAACAUGAUAUUUUCUCGCAUGCAAAGCUUUGGAUGUACAUCCUUCACGUGAAAGCAAGAAUUACUUCACCAGCUCACGAGGUGCAAAGUGUACUAUCAUCGCAACUCGAGAGUAAAAUUAGAUCCUCUUUGUUCCACACCGCCAGCUCGUUGGCUAAUUAACCUUAGUUUACGAAAUCACACGAGUCCGUUAGACAGAGUAGAGCUAAAGCCACUUUAUUUUUCUCAUCUUAAACAUAGAACAACACAAUAAUAAAAACUUACUGAAUGUGCCUAAUUGUAGUGUUUUUCCAUCGUGAAACUCGUCAUGAAUAGCGUUUUAUUUUUGCUGAAAUUUCUUACUUUCUAGCACUUAAAGAGUGCGCUACGCCCCACACACACGUAUGUGUACUCAAGACGUGUAUUAUUCCUGACAAUUCAAAUGGCCAACUAUUUCUUCUCUUUCCUUUUGGUAUUCUGUGCCAGUCUAAUAAGAGCCUACAAAAUGAUAUAAGCAAACUAUAUUUUUUUCUUUAAUCCUACAUCAAUAAGACUAUAAUAUUUAAUUCUAUUUAGGCUAAACUAAAUAUAUACCUUACUUUAAAAGUAGUGGAAGGUAUUGAACACUUUGUAAGAAGGAAACUAUAGUAUGUGCUCAUAACGGCUAAAGAAGGCAAGAACUGUGCAUCGCAUUAAUACAUUCUAUAAAAGAUU